AGGUUUCACAUAGAAGUUAUUCUUUCAUUCAUUCCAUUCUUUCCACAUGUAUAUAUAUACUCACACAAGACAGGCAACUUCCUAACGCAGUAGACUGCAAGUUCCCUCGUUGCAGCUAUGGAUUCCAUCGAAUUGGCAGAGGGCUUCGCAGCUCUCCUUGCACUUUUCUUCAUCUACCAUAUUUGGCCAAAGAAGAGAGGAGAAACAAGACGCCAACCGCCUGAGCCUGGCGGUGCUUGGCCGGUAGUUGGCCACCUCUGCCUACUGAGUAGAAGAAGUACCACACCUCUCCAUAGAACCUUGGCUGCUCUCUCGGAGAAGCACGGACCUCUUUUCACCCUUCAACUAGGGCAAAUGCGUGUUUUAGUAGUGAACAACAUGGAUCUAGCUAAGGAGUGCUUCACUACAAACGACCGAGCCUUUGCCGGUCGGCCUCCACUACAAAGCUGGAAACGCCUCGGCUACGACCUUGCCAUGUUCGGGCUCGCCCCCUAUGGACCUUACUGGCGCGAAGUCCGCAAGAUCACAACCAUCGAGCUGCUAUCAAGCGGGAGGCUCGAGCUGCUCAAGCACAUCAGGGUCGAGGAGGUGGGCGCUUGGGUGCGGGGCUUAUACCACAACUGCGGUGACAAUCAACCGGUGGAUUGGAAGCAUCGGUUAAGCAGCUUGAGCUUGAAUAUCAUCCUUAGGAUGGUUGCCGGAAAACGGUACUUUAUUUUGGACGGUGAAGAAAACAUUGGUGAGGUAGGUGAGUUGAGAAAAGUGAUAAACGAGUUUUUCCAUCUGUUGGGAGUACUGACCGUCACUGACGCGAUACCAUGGCUGGAGUGGCUGGAUGUGGGCGGUCACCUCAAAGCCAUGAAGAGUGGCUGGACCAAAUUGCCUCGGCCUGGCUGGCAGAGCACCGGCAGGAGAAAGAGUCUGGCGGCAUGAAAGCGGAAAAAGAUUUCAUUGACGUGCUGAUUGAAGAGUUAAAAGACGGUCACUUGUCUGAAAAGUACCAAACUGACACCAUAAUCGUAGCCACCGCUUUGGGUAUAGUAUCGGCCGGCACAGACACCGUAUCGGUCACCUUAGAAUGGAUCAUUUCCGCUCUCCUCAGCAAUCGCCGGACACUAGAAAAAGCAAAAGAAGAGUUGGACUGCAACGUAGGGAGGGAGAGACAAGUGGAGGAAUCAGACAUCAAGAACUUGCCAUACUUGCAAGCUAUUGUAAAAGAGUCAAUGCGCCUGUACCCGGCGCUGCCGCUCUUGCCCCCUCACCAGUCCACGGAGCCCGUCCAGCUUGGUGGAUACCACAUACCAGUAGGCACAACCCUGUUUGUUAAUGCCUGGAAGAUAUUUCGAGACCCGGUAUUGUGGACGGACGCAGAAGAGUUCUGGCCGGAGAGGUUCUUGACAAGUUGCAAGGAUAUUGAUUUCGGUGGUCAGAGCUUCGCCUUUAUGCCCUUCGGGUCGGGCCGAAGGAUGUGUGCUGGUUGGACAAUGGCUUUACAAGUUAUUCACUUAGCGUUGGCGCGCCUGCUGCAGAGCUUUGAGUGGUCGACACCCAUGGACGAGCCUGUAGACAUGACAGAAGGGUUGAGCAUAAUCAUGUCUAAAGCAGCUCCCCUAAAAGUUCGUCUCAGGCCUCGUCUCCCGCCUCACCUCUAUUACUGAAAUAGAAAGGAUGGAGUCCUUUGCCUCCUCAACCACUCCACCCUUGCCUUACUUUACCGCUGUUAGUGGAAAUGUAUUAAAUCUUGUAUUCUUGGUGUUAGUAGUGUUACUUCUCAACCGCUCAACGUCGAUUCAUGUGUUUCAUU